UUUGUCCACUCAAUACACAUGCGCUACAGACACUGUGGCAAACCGAAAUCCAGCCUUUUCAGCCUCUGGCAGAGGUAUUUUAUGCUUCAGACAAACUGCUGCCACUUUGUCCUUUGAGGGGUGAAACACAUGGACAGUGUGUGUGUGUGUCUGUGUGUGAGGCUGUAAGACUGGCUCAUGACCAGGCUAAGGAGCGAAGUCAUCGCUGGCGGAACAGAUUUCACUGGGAUGUGACAAGUAUGAUCUUCGGGAAACAGAUGCAGUGGUUCAAACACACCCCGGCCACUGUGAACUUCCUGCUAUUUGCCAUCACAUCUUUAAAAGUUACAAAUAUAAACUAUUACGUUCUCCCGGUCAGCAGGAGGUAAUCGUUUACGAUCCACGCCCAUCACCUCAUGCCUGCACACCCUGCUCUAUAUAAAACCCCUAUGUACAUUUCUCUGUCGGCUCACUUAGCUUUUGGGCACUUCCUUUAUUUUUGUUUAUCUUUAAAUUCACAAUCUACUCUCUGCCAUUUAGCAAGGCUUACUUUGUUAAGUGUAUCCAUUUGAGUGAGCAGAAAUGUCCUGUGGGGAGUAUGACAGGGUUGGCCCUCUAUACCCUCUGAGAAAAUGGGUUUCCAGUCAGGAUGUUGGCCUGCCGCCUUUCUUGGAGACUGGGGAUUCUCGUUGGAUCAAGAAGGGCUUGGCAGCCUGGUCCUGGCCGGGUUGCUUACCAGCGCCUCUGUUUGUGCCCUACAUCUCUGAGCCGAUGCCUCAUUCCGGUCAGAAGGUUAGCAAGUGGAGGGUCAGCAUGGAUGUGUCUCACUUUUUCCCCUCGGAGAUCUCCAUCAGUGUCAGGGAUGGAUUCCUGGAAGUUGGAGGGAAACACGAGGAGAGGCCUGACGAGCAUGGAUUUAUCUCCAGAUGUUUUACAAGAAAAUACAGGCUUCCAGGUCAAGUGAAUGUUACCAAACUUGAGUCCUCACUCUCCGUUGAAGGUUUCCUGACUGUAGAAGCUCCACUUCCUGAAGCCUCAGCUCCUGCUGACAUCGUCAUCCCAAUAAAGGUGGAGGCUGAGGGCAAUGGAGAACCAGAAAUAAAACAAGAAGAUCAGCAGGAAGAGUCUCAAUUAGAGGCCUGCAGUGAUCAGGUCCUGCCCAGCAGCACCACAGCCGGCCUGGAGCAGGGAGACAAGGGAACCAGAGAAAAGCCAGCUGGACAGUCCCAUUCUUCACUGCCUGAGGAAGAUAAAUGCUUAGAGAGCAUCCAAAAGUCUUCUGAGCACCACAAAGUCCCAGAAAGCCAAGAAAGCAUGGGUACAUCCAACCUACUGGAACACAAAGAGCCAGUCGUGGAUGAAGAGAUCCAGGUGAAGGCAGAGGGAGCCGAGAAGCUCGCUCCGCCUGAGGAACAGGAGCUGGGAUCAGCUCCACUGAGUGACGUCCAAAGCCAGGAGCUGGAGGCUGCUAACAUAGAGCAACAGCACACCGACUAAACACAAGCAUUAGUCUGCAUUGUCUGCCUUAAACCAGCUCCACAGAUGCCUUUUUGCCAUUAGCUAUAGCGCCAUUAAAGCCUGCUGUGUUUGGAGCUCUAAUAAAGUAGCAUAAUGUGAAAGUUAAA